CACUUUGUACAGCUCUGGAGCAACCUCAGCUUUGUGUAUGAACAAGGAAGAUUCAAGACGCGAUGAGCUGUUUUGGAAAAUAACUUAACUUUAUUUAUGGUAAAUGUAACUGUAUUUUGUGUAAGUACACUUUUUCUACAGCCCAAUCAUCCUACAAUCUUGUGAGCAAGUGUGGCUUGGGAAUUAAUGGCCAUGUCGACGCUAAAUUGGUCAAAAUACUGUUUUCUUUCCACCUGUGGAUUUUCUGUUCUUCUUCUUGCAGCGCUAAAUUUUUAUGACAUUCCAGGACUGAAAGACAUGAGAUUGAUGUCGAACUUCACUGCUGACAUCUAUUUUGAAAAUAAAUCACAUUCCCUGAAAUUUAACCACUCAAUGGAUAAAUUUAUGGUGGACACCAACAACAUGACUACAACGGUGCAACCCACUGAAGAAGAGAGGACCAAGACAGUCGUUCUUGUCUACACUGUCUUCUUCGGGACAGUGAAGUGGAUAGGAGAUGGUGAUAACUGCGGAUUUGAAAACAAGUUUUUAUUUGCCUCAAAUAAAUGUCUCUCAGGUGAUUUCGAAUUGAUUUACGACAAACAGCGGUUUGAGGAAAGCGACUUAGUCGUGUUUCACGCUAGAAACAUGCCAAGUGUAGAUCAUCUAAGAAAGCUGCUGAAAAGCAGGCCCACUUCACAGCGCUGGGUAUACGCUUUGUGGGAAAGUCCAAAUCCAACACCAGAUCCUGCUCCAUUAAACGGGUUGUUUAACUCAACAUGGACUUUCGGAAGCGAUUCAGAUUUCUUGUCGCCGUAUGGAAGUUACAAGGAACUGAGUGAAGAAGAAAAAGUAGAGAAAAUGAAAAACAUACCAGACUGUUCCCAAGGAAAAACUGAACUUGUGGCUUGGAUGGUUGGUAAUUGUGGCGCUCAACCUCGAAUGGCGUUUGUUCAAAACCUGAAAAAAUACAUCAAGGUAGAUAUCUUUGGAGAUUGUUCUGGAAAAAGAUGUUCAAAUCCGCCAUCUGAUUGCCUUAAAAAGUUUAAAUUCUAUUUGUCAUUCGAGAAUGCUUUAUGUGAAGACUACAUUACCGAAAAGUAUUGGGGAAGGCUUGGUAAGUCUUUGUCUUUUCACUGUUUUGAUAGCAAUUUUGGAAACUUGCCAGUCAGGGCAGUUUACAAGUAAACAUAAAAACAUGUAAAAAAGUUUAAAUGUCAAACUUGUCAUGUACCUUCACCCCACACCACGGUUGUUUUCAUCGUUUUGAAUUUGCUGAACCCACUCUGACCGCGUUUGGGUUACAAAUUUGCACCUGUGUUACAAGAAAACUGCCCUUUACUUUCAAUCAAUCAGAAUUGAGUAUUUUUUUGUGUAUUAUUUAUAAUGGUAAUUGAACUGAGUAGACUGCAAUUUGGUCUGACAUCAUACUAGCCUGCGUUGCAGCCGGCUCACGCACUCGUCAAAACCAUUUGUAUUGUCCGUCUGCGAAUUAGUGCACAAAAGCUCGUUCUUCUAUCCUGCAGAGUCGCAAGGACAUAUGUGAGCAUUUCUGAUAGGCGGGUUUCUCACCGGUUUCUUAUGCGCCUCACGAUUGGCCUAAUUCUUACGUGUGCAUGACGGUUGGGCGCAGUGACAUGUCAAAAUUCACAGAAGGGAGUUGGCAAGGAUCGUUUACAGUAAACCAUGUAACAGCAGUUCAAACUUUAAAGUCCUCUUCUACACAAAAAAAUUCUUUGAGAGAAUUCCUUCAAGGCCGGAAUUUGCUUGUAUAUUUGCCAACUGGUUUUCCAGCGUCUUCCAAUCGCUGCAGAUGCUCUGCCACCGUAUUCUGCAAUAUAGCUGACAGUUCCAGCAUGAAAACUAAUGAAGAUCUACAGAGUGCAGAAUAGAUGUCUAAAUGUCAUUGGUCUCCCUUGGGAUACUGUUGAGUCACUUGUACCUAGGCGUCAGAGUUUGAAGAGGAAAGAAUUUAAAUGUAUUCUAGAAUCAGAAGCACAUCCUUGCAAACAUUUUUUAGACAAGCCAGUGGAUCAUGGCCAUAAUCUAAGAUCUUGUAAAACUAACCCAGCUCACCUCAGAAUACCUGUAUCACGCACUGUUAGGCACAAACAAUAGCUUAUUCCUAGGGGUGCUAAACUUAACUUAAUGUGAUAUGUAUAAUAUGUAGUGUUUUGAAUUUCUAUUGUAAUAUUACCGUAAUUCUUAUCGCCAAAGGUAAUAAAUAAAGGUAUUAUUAUUAUUAUUAUGAAAUCAUGAUGUUCAGGGCCCAAAAAAAGGUCCAGGCAUUUAGGAGAAAACCAAGGAAACUGAGGUUAUUAUUUAUCCGCAAUAAAAAAGCUUAAGGCUUAAACAAAGGUAAAAGAAAAUCGUUUUAGUGGUAAACUGUAGCUGUGAUUAAAUCCUGUCAAAGAAACAUUGGCCGAAACAUAAACCAUGCACAGGAACUAAUUACAUGGAACGGACCCGCUUCAUUACCUCUAAAUGUGAGACUCAAAGUGGCAAAAAAGUUUUCUCAGUCAAAGUGUAGAAUACUCCAUGCACUGCAUAAACUACACAAAAAGAGAGCAAGAAAAAGCUGUGUUGUUCAAACUGACUGUAAGGUCACAUUUCAAACCACAAGCUCAAUCUCUGUUGUCAUGAGCUAUUACACAGGAAAAAACAACGGAUUCCCAUUUUUGGAUAUUUUAGGGUAUUUAAAGAAUACCCAUAAAAAUCCCAAGUUUGGCAAAGUGAGACAAGUCCCAACCAUGGAAUUCCCAACCAAGUUCCCUGAUUGGGACUUGUCUCACUCUUCCAAAUUUGGGAUUUUUGUGGGUAUUCUUUAAAUACCCUAAAAUAUCCAAAAAUGGGAAUCCGUUAUUUUUUCCUGUGUUAGUUGUGUUUGGUUUUUCAACACUUAAUUCAAAUCGGACUAAUCACAAACUGCAUAAGAAACACGCCAACCAAAAGCGCCGAGAUAUGUCCUUGCGACUCUGUGGGAUUUGAACACGAUAUUGUGCACUAAUUCGCAGACGCUCUAUACAGAAGGUUUAGAGUGUCUGCGACGCAGGCAAAAAUCAUAGAAAGCCUGCUUCCAUUUGAAAUUUAAUAAAACUUAGAGUAACUUUAGAUACACUUGGCAAUUAAUAAUGGCAUUUAAUGAAAUAUUUAACAGGAAUGAAGUUAUUAACAGGACUCAAGUAUUGUUAGUUGUAAGAAGUUCUAUUCUUCUUUGAAUAAUAGCCAAAUGUUGGGGGUGUCAAAGCAGAGAACAAUAACCAGGAAAAGGAUCACACUGGGGAUUUCUUGAUUGACGCUCUCUCUAUAUCAUUUUUCACUUAUCUGCAUUUUCACGAUCGAUAAUUAACAAUGGGUGUGCAUUUCUGUAAUGUCUUGCCUGGGGCUACGCCUUGCUGAUGAGUCCUUAUGAGGAGAAAACAGCUGUCCAUGGCUGCCACUAGUGGGGUGAUAUGGUCGUGCACAUAGAAUAGAAUAGAAUAAUUUAUUUCUAUAGCGCAUUUUCCUAACGCCCAAAUGCGCUUUACAGUGUCAAACAUAUUAUAAUCUAUACACUAAAAAAAUAUGUAAAAAAUCCUAAGAAUAAAAAAAAUCAAAAGUCUAAAAGUCCAAAAAAUUGAAAAAAAAAAGUUAAAGUCUAAAAACAUGCUUGUCGAAAAAGAUGGGUCUUAAGCGUAACUUUAAAGACAGAGACAGUUGCGCUGCUUUUAAUCUCAAAUGGAAGUGUGUUCCAGAGGUAAGGCGCACACACUGAGAAAGCUCUCAAGCCAAUCAAUUUGAGCUUGUGUGUUGGCUGCUCCAGUAGAAGUUGGUCAGCAGACCUAAGAGCUCGCCUAAGAACAUAAGGACUGAUGAGCUCAGUCAGGUACAUGUGUAAGGUCAGCUGUUACUGGCCAUACUGUGGAGUUGGUAUGUGUACUUCAGUGCCUACAGCACGAAAUUAAUUUUUUGGAUUACUAACCCUUUGGGUUAGUAGGCAUGAAUUUUACUAACCAAAUUAUAAAGUCUAUUAUCCAAGAAUCUGUUCUUGAAGUUACAAUAUAUUAACUACUGAAAAUUGUGCUAAUAAAUGGGGCAAACUAAAGUAUGGAUGGAUUGGUUUAAAAUAUUGUUUGUAUAGGCUCAUCGAACUGUAACCGGGUGAAUGCUUUUUUUCAUUCUUCUUGGAAAUUCCUCCUUCUUGUUUUCGCUUUUCUUUGUAUUGCUCCAGAGAGCCUUCUUUAUUGUCGUAAACUAUACUUGUUCUUUGUUGUUUUUCUGAAUCUUCCAUUUGCUCCUCACACCUUUCGUCCGGUGACCUAUUUCUACCCCUUAUUUGUGUUGGGUGUUCUGUGCAUUAUUGGGUGUCCUGUGCAAUUAAUAAGGGAGAUUUUUUUGAGAAUGCAUUUUCGUCGUCGUCACACAUUUGCCUCGCUUUGAGGCGCUUGCUUAUGAUUUGCCUCACUUUGACGCGCUAACUCACGUGGUGAUUCUUGUGUCCGCGGCGUUCAUCUUUCAAAGCGGUUUGCUAAGGUCUGAUAUUCUUCGUAAAGCGUUUAUGUUUUAAAAAGUUUGCUGAAUCUUCGUAAAGCGUACAUCGAUCUGUGUUUGCUGAAUCAUCCAAAGCGUUCAUCUUUCAGAAGUUUGCUGUUAAAGUUUACUUUGGAUUAAGCCUUCAUAUUUUUCAGCAUCGUUCGUCACUGUCUUUAGAAAAUGUCUGCGACUCCUGGUGCAUGCAUCAAACCGGGUUAAGUUCGGCGGCCGUUGUACCACUAGACUGCGAGCAGUCUCUUAUUUUUCUUUGCAAAGUAUGUACUGCACGCGAAACCUAAGCACGUGAGCGGCAAAACUGCGAGCCGCGAGAAACGAGGCGUAAGCCCGAGAAGAAAAAAUCUCAUUCCCUUUAGUAAUAAUGACGUCGUGGUUUGCAAUCAUGCUGGAUGAGAUAAGAACUAGACGGAUUUAAAAGAGAAAUGGCGGACUGCAAGCAGUCUAUUGUACCACAAGGUAAAUUUACCGAGUUGUGCAGUUCGGCGGCCAAUGUGUCACGAAGUAAAUCUACCGAGUUGUGUAGCUCGGCAACUGUUGUGCCACAAAGUAAAUCUACCGCGAUGUGAAGCUUGGCGGCGCCAUUUGAUCAUGACUUGUGAUAUUUUCGGCACUGGACAAACGAACACUUUAACUCUAUGUUAUUUAUUAGGAAAAACUUAUAAACCAGCCCACAGUAGCGCCACUCUCGAGUCACUGAAAUCAACACGUUCGACCAAAUUACUGGAAAAGUUAUUGAUGUGAGCUGCACACACAUUCCAUUGAAGGCUUUGACAGGGUUUUGUGCGAAGUUUGAAUUCAGAUGUGAAAGCUUUUUUAAAAAACAGUAAAUUCAAUUUAAUUCAUUUUGUCAACAAGUUGUUGAUUGGAUGCUUUUAAAAAUAACAGAGAAAAUUAUCUGAAGAAGUGUUUUUGAAGAAAGAAAAAGAAUCCCGGGUCAAAUAGAGGUUUCGCUGUACGCAACCCCUACGUUCAAAAUAUGCCAUAAUCAUAUUUAUCUAUAUCGGAACCGCCCUUCCCGCUCCACUGCUACCUGUACGCCUAAAAAACAUAUCAAGCGCACUCUCCUAAGCUCCGAUUACUCCUAGUUUGUAUAAUAAAUAGGUUGCACAAAUGAGCCACUUCCAAAAGAAAACAAACCAAAACAGAAACAAGCAAGAUGACGGAGGUCUACUAAAGUUGUGUCCCAGAUAUCUCCUAGCCUUGUUACCUUGCCUCCUGCGAAAUGCGACUUUUUCUUGUUGUGCAAUUUAAUAUGCAGUAAGCAUAUCUUUUAGAACAAAAAAAUUUUUUUUUUUUUGAACAAAAACAAAAAAAUUGUUCAAGAUAGAAAACAACCUUAUGCAAAAAAGAAACACAUCAGCCUUUCCUGAAAAUUAAUGCUCAUUUGUAUUAAAGAGGAAUUUCUAUGAAUGAUAAUACUUAAUUUAACAGAAAUUUUAACUAACCAUGUCGGGUUACUUGGGCACAUUUUUAGUAAGCAAAUGUUGGAAACUACUAACCGUUGGUUAACAGGUUACCGUUAAUUUCAAGCCCUGCCUGUAUGUUGUGGUUCCAAUUUUCUGAUGGAUUAAAAAGACAAAAAGAAAGACAAUCUUUACUUCAUCUUUCACAUUUAUUGCAAAUUUUAAUUAAUUUAGUAACAAGUUUAAAAGAGUGAAAGUUAUGUCAGGCUACUUGAGGAAUAAGGAUUAAACAAAGAAAUUUAUUUCUUCUAUCAUCUCUUUCAGGUGAAGACAUGAAUGUGGUUCCAGUUGUGAUGGGAGGUUCUAAUUACUCCAAGCUAGCAAUUCCAGGGUCUUAUAUCAAUGUUAUGGACUUCAAAACUGUUAAACAAUUUGCGGAGUACCUUCAGUAUCUGGACAAAAAUAACACUGCUUACAAUGAAUACUUUAAAUGGAGACUAAAAUACAAGGUGUUUCGCAGCAACCUUGAUUUAUCAAUGUGUCAAAUCUGUAAAUGGUAUGUUUCAAGAUAUCCGCUUAAACCCAAAGUUUAUGAUGACCUUGCAGCACAUUGGGUUGGAAAGGGACGAUGUAAUGUGAAAAAUUCUCUCAUCACAAGUAUGUGGGAGGAUUAAAAAUUAUUACCUUAUUUGAUUUUCAUGAGACACGACCUAAGAACUGGUCAUAAGGAAAAGGUACAGUUAAACUUUCAGUAAGUGGCCAUGCAUGUGGGAGGUAAUGCAAGUGGCUGAGUUGGCCGCUUAAUAGAGGUUUAAGUUCCCAUUCUUUUCUGCCAUUCUUUUUGGAUUUUCAUUACUGGCCACUUAAUAGAGAGUGUCCGCUUAAUAGGUGGCCUCUUAAUGAAAGUUCAACAGUGUAAUGUAAUUUUAAAAUGCAUGCUUGGGUGAGCUAGAGAAAGUAAAAGGCUUUAUAGAAAAGGCAAUGCAAUGACAACUGAAGACAUGACGGUGCAUGUGAAAGGACUGAACCCAACUUCCAGUGCUUUAAAUUUGCCUUUGUCACUGUCAUCAUGUUGCACUGGGGAGAGCACUUGCCUCCCACCAAUGUGGCCGGGGUUCAAAUCCCGGUGUCGACACCAUAUGUGGUUUGAGUUUGUGUGUUGGUUCUCUCCCUUGCUCCAAGAGGUUUUUCUCGGGUACUCCAGUUUUCCCUUCUCCUCAAAAUCCAAUAUUUUGAGAUUCCAAUUCGAUUAGGAAUCAGGUAGAUGAAGAACUACUAUGUGGAUUUGCUACCUCCAACUCGUUAUAUAUUAUUAGUAUAUUUUGUUCAUUUAUUAUUUUAUAGUCUAAUUGCCAAUGGGCCAUUUGCACGAUGAUGUCAUUUUACCACUACUACCAGAGUGGUUCAGUGUUUUGCUUUGUUGUGCAAAUUAGGCCUACUGUUGUGUGAAACCUCACUGGGAUGGCCAAAUUUAAAUAUGAAAAGAAAAA